CGCUCGGUAAGAGCCGGCACGCGAUUGGUCGAUCGGGCUGCGCCGCCAGUCUCCCGAGAGCAGUCGCUACCACGACUUCGCAGCGGUAAGACGCGUCGUCGUCGUCGCCUGCGGCGGAGAGGAGAAAGAAUUGAGAGAAAAGGAAAACAAAACACGCUUCUCCUCCGCUUCCCGUCGCGACGACGAGUGUAAUGGCCACUGUGCGGUUCGUGGAGUAGAACGAGGCCCGGCGCCGCUGUUUCCUCGCAUCGUUGCUACAAGUCCGCGGAGUCCGCAUCGACGCGCGGGGUGCGAACGAACGAAAACGAACGAACGAACGAACAAACGAAAAACCGGUAGAGAUUCGCCCGUCACUCUCGCGCGAAUCGUCGCGCUUGUGCAUCGUCGUACUCUCGUACGUAAUCGUCGUCGCGGUCGGUCGUGCGCGCGCGCGCGCGUGCGCUCGCUCGCUCGCUCGCUCGCGGCUAUCCGCGCGAGCGCUUCUCUGGUUACCCGGUGAAUAGUGCGUGCAGCGGAUCACAAGUGCCAGCAGUCAAGUGUGUACGAGGCUCUAUGUGUGCGGCCCGUUGUCGAGUGUGCGUUGUCGCGUUGCCGCCGCUGCCGGCGCUCGGAUCCCUCCUCGUCGGCCACGGACGGUGGAUUUAUCAGGCGCGGCGUCGUCUCCCCUAGGCGCGUUUCGGACCUCGUCACCCUUCGCCCCCCCCCCCUCCUUGCCACCCUUACCACCAACGACAACGACAACGAGGACAACGACGACGACGACGACGACGAAGACAACGGCGGCGGUGGUGGUAGUAGUGUGGUGGUGGUCCAUCGACUCUUCGACGUGAUCGAUGCUGGCUUUCUCUGGUUUUGGUUGACCUGGAUACUCGCAUCCUGCUCCACCAUCCAUCCUGUCGGUCCAAAGGCGCGGAAUAAUUCGGAACAACGGCUCGCCGCUUCGCCUCGCCUCGUCUCCUGCAGGAAACAAUCCUCCGUUAUUAGACGACUGCAAUAAGCGUAAUCGCCGGCUCGAAAAUAACGUAUUCGGCGCAACGUCGUAAAAGAAUCAUAGAGGAGGAACGGAGACUAUAGCGAGCACGUUCACGUCCCAAUUAAAGAAAUGGAUACGGUAAUUACGAAGCCGCGUCGGCGACUAGGAAUACGAGCCAAUUCGGCACGUUAAAUGCUCCCCCGGCAAUUUACGUUCCGGCCGGGGCUCUCGCAGAUCUGGGAUGGCCUUCUGGGAGCAAAAGCGGCAACAGCAGCAGCAGCAGCAACAGCGAUAUCGGAUCAAACUCAGUUAACAAGUCCGUGUCGUCACCGUAUCGGCCGCGCAAGUAGAUAGAUUUUAAAUCGAGUCAACUGCGGGACAACGGUAACGAAGUUAGCGCGGCAAAAUAAUCCAGGGGCGAUUGGAUCCCGUAUUCCGCGUAUAAUGGAAGCAUAUAAGACGAGACGGUAGUGGACCCCGAGGAUGGUGGUUGCUGCGAGGAAGAAAUUGAAUUCCGUGUUCACACGCCACCUAAUCGCUCGACACAUCGCAGAUGUCAAAGGAGAUUCUAUCUGAUGCGGGAGACGAAAAAUGUAGAUACAAGUAUAGUUACAAAGAAGACACUAUUAACCCCAUCCUACCCCAUUUGAAACCUCUCGCGUGUAUCGACGAUAUCCACGAUAGACGCGAAAGCACGGGCUAUAAAAUAAAACGCUACGCCGACGUCGAAGGAAAACGUGCCGGAUGUCUCGAGGAAGGGAAGUGACACGGUGAGAGAGGACGUAGAGACAGCCAAUCUUAGGAAUGUGACACGUGACAGGAUUUCCACGUGAGGAAAUCAGUAUCUUCAAACAGGAAUCGUGGAACGAGAGAAAGAGGGAAACAUACGGGAUCGACAGAGAUUCGUCCCAACAAGUGUCCUUACGGAUUCAGGUUUCCUUCUUAACGUUAUCCUCGUCGCGAAGCGGCGUUGAUCCUGUUAUGGAAUGAACCGAUGCCCGGACGGGGCAUCUAAAUGUCCGCGAUCAUCGUCCUUGAUACGAGCAUCAUGACCCCGAUGAUGCGGCUGCUUCUCCUAUCCGCACUGCUGGCCAUACAAUCCUGCUCGACCGUUUGCUCGGCGAACAGUGAUGGUGGGCCAAACAGUCCGAUUUUCAAUCUGGAUCAUACUGCGCUGGAGAAGAACUUAGCGGCGAUCUUCAAUAAGGUGGCGCAUAGUUCUGCGACCACGAAGCGCAGUGUGCCGGCGUACGAUGCUCAAGUGUCGGGUAGCACGACGUUGUCGACGGUACCAUCGCCGUUAACUACCAGUACGAUCACCAGUACAACCACCACGACCCCGUCGAUACCCGCUAUCAAGUAUCCGGCGGCGCCGCGGGCCACUGCAUCACCCGUCUUCCGGGAUCUGCCAUCGUACGCGCCGCCCUCCAGGGCACUUUUCACGCCACCUCUGCCGCCGGAGUACCUGCACCCGUUCGCCGACAAACCCACGUUGCGAGGUACCAAUUCAGAUGUGCACGCCAACAACAGGAGGCCGGUACCGCCACCGAGCUUGACGCCGGCGCAUGAGCGGAUACCCAUCCGACCGCCGGAUCUAUCUCAAAGUCCCUCUCAGGUGCCGGAGAGGCAUCAUUCUCACUCGAGGAAACCGACAAACGUGCCCGACAGUAGGGAGCACAGGCCUGCGGAAUCCAGUGAGACCGAUCGAAAGAACGGCACGAAUGAUCCUUCGUUCGUGACCCUUCAUUAUCCCAGUAUUUCUAGAAUCUUAUCCGGUAGUAACGGCAGAAAGCAGGAAAUCCCCGACAUUCUGCUGAAACCCUUCGCAACGAAAAGUCCGUUGCUGCCAAAUGUACCUUCUGCCCCGACAACCGACAAAACUACGUCGCCGCCGAGCACUAUCACGCCAAAAGUGUCAGGCAGUACGAAUCCCUCGAAGAUCGCCGUCACACAGCCGACGAUUUAUCUACCGAACACCGGCCAGCAAGAAGAGCACGGCCUGAAGCCUGACAGUAUCGAGAUAGUGCAGCAGGAAAGGCUGCCAUAUCCGCAGCCUCAACCGCCAGCGCCAACGUCGAAGCGACCAGCGAAUAUCGACGAGGACGACGAUCGUUUGAUACCACACAUCGACACACAUCCGCUCGAAUCCACGUGGCGGAUCGCUUGGUCGCUACACGUGUACUUCGCGGCGAUUAUGUUCACGCUCAUGGCCUUGUACUCGAUCUAUAAGAUCGUGCGUUUCAAUGAGGCAACGAAUCUACUUACGCAGUCGUACUUCCUAGCCGUUCAUCUGCUGUUGACCACAAUUUGCACAUUGAGGUGCUUCCACCUCUUCUACGACGCUUACAAUCUCGGACAUUCCCUACCGGAGUCAUUGUCCAGGGUGCUGAUGUAUCUACCGGCACCGCUCUUAUCCACGGCGUUCGCCACUCUGAUGUUGUACCUCGCCCGGUGCUCGGAAGCACCCUCACUUAACAACAGCAUCCUCUCGCCAAUCACGCUUGUACUUUCGUCCACAGUGCACAUUGUACUGUGCGUAUCCUUGCACGUGUCCGCGAAUAUGCUCGGCUAUCAAGACGAGGCGAGAAUUCUGCCGCUCAUCUGUCAGUGCAUCUACAUCGUCGUCUGCGUCACCCUAGGUCUGUGCUACAUGUACGUGUACCGCGUAGUGCGUUCGCAGAUCCACAUAGUCAGUAAUAAAGCGGCCGGUGCGAAUCACAUGAUGGGCGCUGAUCCUACCACGGUGGCUCUUAGCACUGCCAUUACCACCACUAUCGCUACCGCUUUGUUGUUCAUCCUCAUGGGCUUCGUGCAACUUUAUGGCAUAUUCGGCGUUCAGGAGCGUCCGCAACAGUAUCCGUGGCUCUGGUGGGGUUGGCAGUUUUCCGUCAGAUUGCUAGAGCUGUCCGUUUGUGGUCUCCUAGCCUGGGUUGCCAGCCUGUCGCAGUUUCCGUUGCGCGAAAAACAGAUGCAACAACACUCGGCACAUUCGGGUUUCGCUCUGUUCCCCUGCGGCAGUUCCACCUCCACGGAAAACAUGGACGAUGUACUCUACCCUGCAAUAUGUAGUACCAACCAAGCGAUCCAAAAUUAUACCAUGAGAACGGGAAAACAAGUUUACGACGAUAGUUUUCCACUGAAUACUUUACCCGAGCAUUUGAACAUAUCAGGUACCUUUGAGAGACAUUCCAUUCGCAAGUCAGGUACGAUGGGCCACUUUCCUCACGAAGGUCGGGGUUCCUUAAGUCGUCAUGGUAACGGCAUACAGACCUUAAGGAACUCGGAGACUCGUGGGAGGCAUACGCCUGUUCAAGGCCUACACGAACAAGCUCCGACCAGCGGCUCGACGAUGCUAGUCGCCGAGGACGGCUUCGUUAGGUUCCGGAGUCUUGGUACGGAGGACGACGAGUUGUCCGAUACACAGAGCAUGGUCGGCACUCACGGUAGGGGAAGCUCGCUCGCUGGUAGCGUUAGGUACAAUGCGAGGCAUCCCACGGUACAGCAUCAGCAUCCUCAUCAGCAUCAGCACUCGCUGCAGCACUCGCAUUCGAGUCAGCAUCAAACUCACCAUCAACUUUACAACAACACAUAAAGGCUGUGCCAACGCGAUGACUAGAACGUGAUUCUCGUUGAUUCGACGUAACGAUCGCCGUCGAUGAGACAUGGGAUGUAUCGAUACCCGCGAGAAUCGUCGCCCUCGCAAACUUCGGUCUAAACUAAUUUUAUCUCGUACUCUAUGUAAGAUAUGUCCUGUGUAUAGACAAAACCUAAUUGCCAUUCCUGCUCUCCCGCUUCGCAUCGACGUCCGAGCCAAGCCUCUGCCGUACGAUAUCUAUACAUAUUUAUUUUGAUCCUCGAUAAGCGAGUAAAAGUAUACGGCGAACUCGUUUGGGGUUCCUCUACCUAUAUGUGGGUAGUUCAGGGUAUAUCGAAACUUGAUCUUAUAUUAGGCACUUGGUACUUAUUAAGAUUCAUGUGAUUGAAAAAAAUAAAGAAAUAAUGUGUCUCACUGAAAUAUAUAGGAAAACGCUUCUCGCUCGGUUUUAUGUUCACUGUUAGUACCGAACACGGCUGUGGAACGUAUCGGAAGAACAAAUGAUUUUAAAUCGGUUCUAAUAUCACACAAGGAAUUCCGACGUAUUUUAGCAAACACAUUGCUAUUUAUUCGCUGCUAUAUUAUAGAAGACUUCGGCGUUUUAUAUUGCUCCAGAGAAGUUUUUAUAACCGUAUAGAUUCAUUAUUUUAUAUAGUCGUACAUACAUUAAAGCAUUUCAGUAAUCUAUUCAAUUGAUGACUCGUUCUUCUUUCAAUUUACCGCUAUGAUGGAAAUUCGACAUAAAAUCAGCUUUUUGCGAUCAGCAGGAAGUAUAUUUUUUACAAAAAUUAUACGCGAGGUCCAAACACACAACUGGGGAAAACAAUUACGAUUCUCAUUCAGGUAUUCCGAGAUUAGGAUAUGAUUGUGUCAAGCUGAAAGCGAUGUUUGUACAGUCGAUGAUAAUUUAUCACUCAGUCCAAUUGUACGAUUUAGUUAGCGGCUAAGACUAGAUUAAGAAUUGCGGGUUACGUUAAGUUUAGCCGUUAAGUUAGGCAAGACGCGACUAAUGUCAACAGGUUUACAUUUAAUAAAUUGAAGGAGAAUAAGAAAGACGUAAAAAAAAUACUAUUACCGAUUUAGAAUAGACGACAUAAGUGCGAUUUAACGUCACACACACACACAGGCCAGCAUUUUACUUUAUUUCUCAGAUUCUAAGGUACAAAAUAGUACUUUUUACCUUUCACUUCGUAUAUCGAUAGGUCGCAAUGUAUAUGUUUAUAUAUGGACAUUGUAAAUAAGGUAUACGGGCUCGUCGUGAGUGAAUUUACUGUUACGAUAGAAUCCGAUUGGAUUCUAUUCGACACAUUGGAAUUUAUACAUCUCUUGGUUGUAUAAAAAUGGAUGCAAGACUUGUAUUUUUAUUUAUGUCAGAAGCUGUAUUUAUUAUGUGAAACAUUCCACAACAAGUGAUCAGUGAGAGUGCGCGAUCGAUUUGUGUGGGAUUUUAUUGCAAUUAUAAAUUUAUCUAGGCGCUAAACGAAACGGAACAAAUGUAAAUAAAAGCUUUUUUGCGAAGUCUUACGUUUAUCUUACUUUCAAACGAGAUUUUAGUCAUUCUAGAUUCAUUGGAUGUACAUGAAACAUACUCUUGAUUUUUACAUUUUUUUUAAAGAAUUUUAGUUGAAAUACACCUUUACAGGUUGUUGUGUUCACAUAUUAUUAAUUUAUCACGGGAUAGCAUAAUAUUUAGAUAAAUUUGACAAGAGUGUGCUGUCAGAAUUCAUAAUCCGACACGCAUUACGCAAAAAUGUUUCCGAAUUUAGGUUUCCUAUAAACAAAUUUUAUAUUGUAAUAUAUAAAUAUAAUGUGUUAGUUACGUAUGUA